AUGGGCAUGGCUAAGAACACUACUGGUCCGGCAGUCGUCGGCCGAAGCCUCGCUUCCAUCAAAUUUCAGCUCUCGGCAAGCGAAUCCAUCCAUCAAAGAGCCCGCCGACACACCCUCUCUGGCAACACAGCGAGCGGGCCCGUUCGGGUGCCGCAUCACGAGCCUGCUCCUUCGGCCCCUGCUUCCCGCAUUUUUGACGAAUUGGGCCCUGAAAUCCUUGAAUAUGUGCUCCCCAAUUCUGUCACCCCUGAGCUUCUCACGGCGCCACGCAUUCCACACAUUGUGCGUCUCGUGGCUCGCAUCCGCCAGUCGACGCCAUCCAAUCCACCUGCGCCCAACUUUGCCUCCUUUCUCGAUUCAUACCUGCGCAGGAAGGAGAAGGACUUUGGUACCAUGGAGCCAGGGCCCUUGACGGGGUUGUCGCUACGGGCGACUCUACGAGAGUCCCCCGACGGCCUGUCAGCGAGGCAACUGCUCUUUCUCGCACGACGUAUUGCCAGCAUUGCCACCGGCGGCUUCCAAUUCUUCCAUGACCGGUGCAUGUCCAUCAAUGCAGAGCACCUCGCCGACGCGAGCUCGGAGUACUUGCAACCGCCACGCGGGUUUCCUUGGUCACAGCGAUUCGAAGGCCGCCCGUACCGGCCAGAAUCAGGUGGUCCACCAUCCUGGUAUGAAAUGCAGCACAUGACGCGUGGUCUCUGGAACCUCCAAGUAAUCUAUGAGGUCCGAAAUGCGGCGAAGGAGGGUCGCUUGGGAUGGACAGCGCACGAUGUGGAGCAGAUAUGGGCCAUGGAUGUCAAUGCCUGGUUCGGCCACCCGACGGUCUACUCAGAGGAGGUGCUCACAGCGCUUUACUACGUCCAUCACCUUGAGGGCAAGCCCCUCGCGGACAGCUGCAUCGGGCACCCCUUCUCGGCGCCGAGCACCGGUCCGCUCGGCGAGUAUCCGCUGCAGCUGCCCAAGCCUUUGGCGUCAACGGCCGGAGAGGUGAAUGCCCGUGGCGGGACGAAAGAUGUGUGGCCAGUCGAUGUGCCGCACCCUCCACGGGGCGACUUUCGCGCGCGCUUCGGCUUCGAGGCGUACGGUUACAAGUGGGCGCAGUUGCUGUCCCAGAAUGUGCGCUCCCCGAUCCGGACCGUGUCGUUCAGGCCGUUCCGCGCGUUGGGGUUCGGGCUCUGGGACCGGCAGCGACUCGUCGCGUUUGGUCUGGUUGAUGCUCCGCCGGGGGAACUGGCAAUGAUGAUGGCGCCCAAGACGACGGGGGACUUCUUUGCUUGGCGAAGCUGGCUUGAUGAGGGGGCGAGGGCAGAAAUCGAGGCGAGGCAGGAGGGCGAGUGGCGGAGCGGACGGAUGGGAGGGCUGCUUAGAAUCACGGGAUCUGCGAUAGGGGUUGCCGUGAUGCACAGUGAGUGCGUGGCAUAUGAAUCCGACUUUGGGAGUGUUCUGGACGGGUCAUCUUUCACCAGCAGGCUUGUCUGCAGGGUAGCGGCUUCAUCAUACGCAGAACCUCCAAGAUAUCUCGGCUACACCAUGGUGCUAGUCCGCGUUUGCAGAUCGUUCAAGAAGAAGAAGGAAGACACCUCUACGUCGGCUCUUGGUCGUCUGAGCGAUCGCGGCACCGACGACGAUAGUGUCGGCGGGAAAGGAGAGGGUGGCCGAGAGUACUCAGAUGCCAGCACGGUCCGCCUGUAUACUCGGCAUGUUGAGCCCGCUUCACGCGAGUGUUCUACUGAUGCCAUAAGGUGCAAUUCGUUUCACUCGACUGAACGAGAGGGCUCAUCAUAUCAUGAGGAGUUCAUAUUUGGAAGAAGGCGUAAUUCCCCGAAGAUUCAUCAAGACGCAUAUAGUCGCUUGUCUGGCCAACAGGCAGAAUGCAAUGCGCGCGUGCACAUCAGGGCCCAUCAGGGAGUGUCCUCGACGGCCGCGACGCGGAAAGUUUAG